UUAGCUGCGUGUAAAUAAGGACAGGAACACGGUGUACAUGCAUCCUCCUUUGACUCGAUCAGUGGAAAAAGUGUUCGUGUUAAACAUCUGUUCGAAAAGCGGCUGAUUGGACUUGUAUAGACUAAAUACCCGGAUGUGAGAGGAGCUGUUUGUUUACAUGGAGCUGCAGAAAGAGACGGAUGCCCCGCAGCUGGUGGUGGUUAAAGAAGAGGUUCCCAUUGAGCAGGAGGAGUUGCACUCCAGUCUGGACCAGGAGGACCCAGAGCCCCGCCCACACAUUAAAGAGGAACCGGAGGAAAUCUGGAGCAGUCAGGAGGGAGAGCAGCUUCAAGGGCUGGAGGAGGCUGAUAUCACCCAGUCCACAUUCACUCCUGUCCCUGUGAAGAGUGAAGAUGAUGAAGAGAAACCUCAGUCCUCACAGCUUCAUCAAAGACAAACUGAACACAUGGAAACAGAAGCUGCUGGAGAGGACUGUGGAGGACCAGAACCAGCCAGGACCUCAGAUCCAGAGAGACAUUUACAACCUGAGAUUGAGGACAACCCUGGAGACUCUUCUGAACCUGAGACUGAGGACAACCCUGGAGACUCUUCUGAACAUGAGAUUGAGGACAACCCUGGAGACUCUUCUGAACCUGAGACUGAUGAAACGACUACAGACUUUGCAGAAUCUGAGACAGAAAAAGACAUGAAUGAUCCUGAUGGAAAACCUUUUCGCUGUUUGGUGUGUGCUAAAACAUUUAAACACAGGGGAAAUUUGAAUAUACACACGAGGACUCAUACAGGAGUGAAGCCUUUUAGAUGCUGUUUGUGUGGUAAAACGUUUACUCAAAAAGGAGGACUGGACUACCACUUGAAGAUUCACACAGGAGAAAAACCGUUUAGUUGCACACUGUGCGGUAAAACAUUUAGACACAAAGGAGCUGUAACGUACCACAUGGCGACCCAUAUGGGGGUGAAACCCUACAGCUGCAGCAUUUGUCAAAAAAGGUUCAGGGCCACAUCUCAACUCAAACACCAUAAGUGUAUUGGCGAGUUCUCACAUCUUCACAAAAGCAAAAGCGAUAAAUACGACAAACCACUGAGCUGCUCCGAAUGUGAUGCCACGUUUCCCAACAAUUACCUCCUGGUGACCCACAUGAGAAUGCAUAAAGGAAAGAAACUGUUCACUUGCUCCAUUUGUGGUCAAAAGCGACAGUUUAGUUCACAUCUGGACAUACACAUGAGAACCCACACAGGAGAGAAACCGUACAGCUGCUCCGUGUGCGGUAAAAGAUUUUCUCAAAGAGGAAUAAUGUCACAGCACAUGGCAGUCCACUCAGGGGUGAAACCAUUCAGCUGCACUGUGUGUAGCAGGAGAUUCUUCUGGCAUUUUCAGAUCAAAAAACACAAAUGUCUUGGUGAGUCUUCACAGCAGAGCAGAACCGGCUUUAAUGGAGAGGACUGUGGAGGACCAGAACCAGCUGACUCAGCUCCGGAUAGACAUUUCCUACCAGAGACUGAUAAAGGUGAUGAACCCUCUCUGGAGCCUGACGACCCUGUUGACAUUGAGUUUUGGAAAGACACUAGGCAACAUCAGUCUGGGUUCACUUAUCGAAGAAAUAAAAAAGUAUCCAUAAGUAAAGGAUAUAUUACCAGUGAGAAACCAGUCAGCUGCUCCGAGGACCAGGUUCAAACUGAUCCCAGGACCGAUGACGGUAUUUAUCUGUCUACACGGGCCAGGAAUUCUCCUUCAGGUCCAAACCAUUUGAAAACUGAGGACGUUCCCAGCAGCGAGAAACCAUUCAGCUCCUCAGAGCGUAAUGACCAAUAUGACGACGGACAGCUGACACACAAAACAGCUCCCACAAGAGAGGAACCACUCAGUUGCUCAAGUUGCGGUAAAUGUUUUGCAACAGCAGGACAUCUGACAAGACACAUAUCCGUCCACACAGAAGGGAAACCAACCAGAUGUGAAGUGUGUGAGAAAAGUUUCCCGCUGGAGUCGCAGCUCCUGAACCACGAGGGUGUUGGCGAGCUGUCGCAGCUUCACAAUUCCAACACACUGAUCGACAGCUCUCAGUGUGGAACGGUAUUAGACCGAAAGCACCAGCUGCCGGUUACCGUCAGAAUUCAGAAAAGACUGAAAUCACACGAUGGCUCACUUUGUGGUAUCGCUUUCGCCAAUUUUGAAAGUUCUCACCUGACGGGCCAAUCAGGGGAGAAACCUUUCCGCUGCUCGGUGUGUAACUCAGGUUUCAGUGACAGUGAGGCUUUAGUACAACACAUGAGGAUCCACACGAGACAGACCCAGUUUACUUGCUCGCUUUGUGGCAAAGAAUUUGCCUGGCGCAGAUAUCUGACCAAACACAUGGAAGUCCACAAAGGGCAGAACACUUACUGCACAUAUUGUAACAGAAUUUUCCUCUCGUGUUUUCAGCUGAAACACCAUCACUGUGAUGGUCAGUCCCCACAGUCUCACCAAACAGAAUAUGUAGAAACAGAAGCUGAUGAGGAGGACUGUGGAGGACCAGAACCAGCUGACUCAGCUCCGGAUAGACAUUUCCUACCAGAGACUGAUAAAGGUGAUGAACCCUCUCUGGAGCCUGACGACCCUGUUGACAUUGAGUUUUGGAAAGACACUAGGCAACAUCAGUCUGGGUUCACUUAUCGAAGAAAUAAAAAAGUAUCCAUAAGUAAAGGAUAUAUUACCAGUGAGAAACCAGUCAGCUGCUCCGAGGACCAGGUUCAAACUGAUCCCAGGACCGAUGACGGUAUUUAUUACUAUGAAUGUGAUGGUCAGUCCUCACAGCCUCACCAAACUGAAUAUGUAGAAACAGAAGCUGCUGGAGAGGACUGUGGAGGACCAGAACCAUUCAGGAACUCAGAACCAGAGACACAUUUACAACCUGAGAUUGAGGACAACCCUGGAGACUCUUCUGAGACUGAAGACAGUGGAGACAGUGAUUUUUGGACACAGAGCAGUGAACGCCUGUCCGAGUUAAACUCUGUGAAACAAGAGUUUGCCCAGAGUGGUGAAACGUUUAACAACAAUCACCAGCGAGACGAACUGCUUAUAGAAGGUAGGACUCAAAACCAGUAUAUGCCAAACCAGGAAGAGCCCGAGCCAGCACCAUGCAUUAAAGAGGAACAGGAGGAACUCUGGAGCAGUCAGGAGGGAGAGCAGCUUCAAGGGCUGGAGGAGGCUGAUAUCACCCAGUCUACAUUCACUCCUGUCCCUGUGAAGAGUGAAGAUGAUGAAGAGAAACCUCAGUCCUCACAGCUUCAUCAAAGACAAACUGAACACAUGGAAACAGAAGCUGCUGAAGAGGACUGUGGAGGACCAGAACCAGCCAGGACCUCAGAUCCAGAGAGACAUUUACAACCUGAGAUUGAGGACAACCCUGGAGACUCUUCUGAUGAUAGUGUUGAUAGUGAUUUUUGGAAGGAGACCAGGAAAGGUCCGUCAGGUUUAAACAUGUUGAAACAAAAUGAAAUCACUGACAGCGACUCUGGAAACAAAGUGUUGAUCUACCCUGGAGCUGAGAGUGACGACAGUGAUUUCUGGAAAGAUGACAGGAAACCUCAAUCAGGUUUAACGUGUUUAAACGAAAAUCAAGUAGCUGAAAGUAAAAUGUUCCGUAAAACAUUCAUGAAACCAUACAGCUGCCCCGAAUGUGGGAAAAGGUUUCCCCACAAUGCCAGCAUGAAGAGCCACAUGAAGUUGCAUACGGGCGAGAAAACUUUCUUCUGUUCUGUUUGUGGUAUGCGAUGUCUUUACAAAUCCCACAUGAAGAUACACAUGAGAAUUCACACCAGAGAGAAACCAUUCGGAUGCCUAGUGUGCGGGAAGAAAUAUGCACACAAGGCAAGUCUGCAGACCCACAUGAACAUCCACAAUGUGGAGCAACAGUACAGCUGCAGCCAGUGUCACCAAGGCUUUGCCUGGCAUUCAGAGCUGAAAUACCACCAGUGUGUGGGGGGGUCAUCACAGGAAAACACACACAGGGAAACCUCAUCUUUAAAUGUGAUGUUUAAAACUCAGAGAGACUCUGCUGACUGAAGACAAAAUAAAGCAGCUAGAUCAUAUUUGAGGAUUUGUGAAGCUGUGGAUGUUUUUCAGUUUAUUCUUAAAGAAAAGGAUAGUUCCAAAUGUAAUUCUGUUUCUCUCUUUUUUCAGUUGAGACAUCUCAGCCCUAGGUAUUCUCUUAAGUGGUAUUAUUUGUAAGCAAUUUUGUGUUGAAUUUGAUCCUUUUUGUCAUGCUUCUUUCUGUGCUUUAUGAAAUAAUACAUGUGUGAAGUACUCAUAAACUUUUCAUCACAAUGGAUCUCAUUAAAUCUACAGAGGCCCAUUCAGGGGAUUCUGGACUACA